GAGAAGAUCGCCCUGUACCGGAACGUAUCAAAAGUGAAUAAGUAUGUCUGAGUCGGGAUGAAGAUAAUACGAGAUUUGUCAUGUGUCUCGUAGAUCACAGAAUUUGGAAUGCUGCACCCAAAAGCAUCACAAAUUUUGCAAGAGUGUCUGAAUGCCUAAGCCGCAUCAGAAAUGUUCACCUUUCGUGUGGCAAGAAGUUGGUAGCUUUAAUAGCGGGUUACGCAACACAGAUUUUUGCACGCUCCAGAAUCCGCAUGACAAGUUUAGAACCUUCCAGACCCAGACAUAUUUGCAAUGCAUAGAACGCAAACGUUCUCCUCGACACGCAGGUCCGCGACGGGCUGAAUCUCGGUCCCUUCGAGUUUCUCGCCUGCCACCGCGAUGCGGCGCCCGCGCGCAAGUGCGGCAUGAUCCUGUCUGAGUUCACGGGGUGUUCACGCGUGCUCCAGGGCGCGGUCCAGAUCAACCCAUGGAACACCCCGCAGGUGAUCGCUGCCUGCGACCGCAUGUGCCGCAGCAGCCCGGUGGACAUGGAGGAGCGAUUUUCCAAGGACAUGGAAUACAUCAAAGACCACACGCUACUCAACUGGGCGGUCGCCUUCCUGCAGGACCUGCGGGCCGCACGGAAACCCGACGACCGCACCUACAUCAAAUACGGGUUCGGCAACACCGUGCGGGUCAUGUCCCUGCAGGCCGGGUUCUGCAAGCUCGACACGGACGAGGUGGUGGUAUGAACGUGGAAAAACUGCUGCCGCGGGUUUUGACUGAAUGUUCAAAGGGGGAUUGUACCGUAGGCAUGAUCAUUUGAUGUGAUCACAAAAGCCAAACGGGCAGAAACUCGAACAAACUGCCAUGAGCAGCAUGACAAAUAAUUGCAGCCUGCAAUAAAAAAGCCUGGCUCCUUUACUUCUUGCCGUCUUGCAAUACACGCACGAUUCACGACGUCGCGUGACAAUUCUUCUUCUUUGAGCGGAGGAAUGGAACGUGGUGGCAGUUUUUCUCAGAUGAUAGUUGCACGCCUACCGCAACAGCCGCACCUCCCGCGUCUUCUUUUUUGACAACGAGGGCACGCUGGCGCCGGACCUGCGGAACCUGUACUCGCGCACGCGGCAGCAGUCCGCGUGCUCGUGCGCCGAGGAGCUGCACAGCAAGGGCGCGCCGCCCCGCGCGUCGGUGCUCGAGUGUCUCCGCGAGCUGCAGCGGGACCCGAAGAACAUCAUCGUGGUGAUCAGCGGCCGUUCGAAAGUGCAGAUGGAGACCUGGUUCGCCUCCGUGCCGGACAUCGGCCUCGCGGCGGAGCACGGGUGGUGCUACCGCCUGCCCGCGAUUUCCGGACACGACUGGUACGUCACGCGGAGCCACCCGCAGCUGUGCAGCCAGACCACCUCCGCCGCCUCCUCGCCGGGCGCCGCGCAGGCGGCCGCCAGCGCCGGCGCCGGGGGGGCCGCGGGGGGAGCUAGUACCGGGAUCGAAACCUGGAAGAAGAUCGCGUUCGAGCUGCUGAAGCACUACGUGCACCGCACGCAGGGAUCGUACAUUGAGAACAAGGGGUCCGCGCUCGUGUGGCAGUACCGGGACUCGGACCCGGAGUUCGGGCGGUGGCAGGCGAAGGAGCUGUCGCAGCAUUUGCGGGAGUUCAUGUUCGGGUUCCCCGUCGAGAUUGUGGAGGGCAAGGGCUACAUCGAGGUCAAGCUGGCCGGGGUGAAUAAGGGCGAGGCCGUGAAGAAAAUUUUGAGCAAAAUCUCCAACAUCCGCGGAGACCCGGACUUUGUACUGUGCAUCGGGGACGACCGGUCGGACGAAGACAUGUUCCAAGUGGUACAAAAGAAGCGAAGAAACUUUUAA